AUGGAUGAGAAUCCAUACCUCAACCGUCGGAAAUGGGGGAGAAUCGAGAGAGAACGAGAGCUGGAAAGUUCGUAUGAAAACCGGCAUGAAACUUGCAAUUUCCGGUGGCUUGCGACGGUUCCCGGGGUGGAGAACAGUCGGGAGUGGAAGAGGAGAGUGGCCCGGUUCGUUUGA